AUGAGAAUCAAACUGUGGAUCAGCACCUUCAGCAAGAAGCGACGUCCAAAAAAGAAGAAGUCAGAUGUGGAGGAAAUCCACCCUGACUACCUGAUGCAGGCUUUCUACGGUGACAGGCUGCUCUCGGCAGCAGCUAGCGAUGCGCGUUCUGCCGGCGGGAUGGGAGGUAUGAGCGGCAAGCGAAAACGUCGAAGGCUCUCUUCGACCACUCCUAUGACUGCAAGUAACCGCUCGAUGUCAGCUGCCUCUACCGACCAAUAUCAGCCUGAGGAGGCACCCGAUCUUAACAGACCGAUUGAUGUUUGGGAUGGUUGCACACAGUCCUUGAAGAUUGCCAGUUCUCGGAGUGGAUUCGCCUCUCCAGUCACGGGUUCGACCGGUCGACAACACCUGUGGACCAAUGAAUCGCACUUUCAUGCAGGCGCUGCAGCAGCCUCGGAGCUUUUGGAAGAUGAUACUCAUGGUGACGAGGAUGAGUAUGGCGAAGACGAGAAAACCGUGGACAGCUAUGAUGAUGACGGACUUGAAGAAAUAUUGAAUGAAGUAUUGAACGUGCCAUCAGGUUCCGUUGGUGUUGGUGCCCUUGAUGAUGUCAAUGAUUGCAUGCUCCUAGACGACUUCCUGAGCAUGGCCGGCAAUUUCGCUAACACGAGUAUCGGUACCCAGGAUGCUGCAAAUCCAGUUGCAGCACCUUCCGUCGGAGUUGUUCAUAGUAGCACCACCUGUUUCGGUGCUUUUAACGGUCCAACAUCCAUAAAGCAGCGCCUCGCUGUUCCACCUGCCCAGGGGAUAUUGCCUCUAGGUGCAUUUGCUGAACAGCCACAAAAACGAGCAGAACAGGUUGUUUGUGUAGCGGAUCCGAAAACGGAAAUCGAAUUGUCGCCUAGUUCCAUACCAGAAGUUGUUUGCGUGCAGCACCCAGAUCAAAGCCAUCCCAUGUUUGCUGAGGAUAUUCAAAAUAUUGCCUCGCCGAGGCCACAGGAUUCGCAGCAGACAUGUCAGCAGCAACCCGUUGUUGUCGCUGCACCACUCGCUUCAGCUAAACCUGUCCCGCAGCCUCAGUCAGAGCCCCAGGAACUGCCUAAGUUGAGUGCCUUUGCCGUCGAUUCACUACUGAGUCAGUUUGAUACGACCGGAGGUGGUGGUAGCGGUGCUUAUGUUGACCUCGCCUCGGAUGGACCUACACCACUACCCCCUCCCACACCACAACCAGCAACAACUGCUAGAACAGAACCCGUGCUAUCUCAAGCACUUUCGGUAACCCCUUAUUCACAUUCAACCGAGGGGCAGUCCAUGCUUGCAGCGUACCCGCCCCAUGGAAUUAUGUCUCAGCAACAGCGACCUCACUUGUACCUUCAACAACAACAACAACAAGAGCAGCAGGUUGAUUUGAGUGGGAGUAUGGUGGACCCUGGAGUUCCUCCUCCACUCGCACACUAUCCCGGAUCGAGACCACCAAUGGUCUGGCGACAACCAGUUUCCCACAGGUUCCCUCAAUUCAAGUCGCAAACAGCUUACGUGGCGGCUAAUCAGCAGCAGCAGCAGCAUCGACAGCAUCUACAAAUGCAGCAUAGCUUCCAAGCUGCUGUGUGUAGGGGUGAUUCGCCAAGCAUCAUGUCGUCCGCUGGAGCAGAAGCAAUGUCGCCGAAGUUACGGCAGUCACCAUUGCCAGUUGUGUAUGCUCAAACACCAAUAUCUUCGAAGAGUGGAAUGUUGCCGAAUCAGCAGUUAACGACGAUGCUACGGCAGGGUAAGCUGUUUCCAAGUGUUCGUAGUUCCGGUGGUGAUCUGAUUGAUCAGAGAAGGCGUAGCACAACGACGCUGUCUAAUUUUAUGCAAUCUGGCGUAGCUGCAAAACGUCCACAGUCAUUUACACAACCUCCACGCCCCUUCCUGCAUCAGUUGGUACACGAACAAGCAAUACCUCCACCAUCAACUUUGACACACUCGUCAGCUUCACCGCAGGUUGUGUCUAGUCACCGCUUCCAAGGAUGCUGA